AUGAAGUUGCAAGUGUGGAAUAAGGUAAAGCCAGAACAGAUUGCCUGGAGCAAUGUCCUGAUAGGCGCCCCAUGGAUUGUCCAUCAGCAGUCCACAGUAGGCAUGGGAGAGGUGGAGGAAGCCAUGCCUGCACCAUCUCCAGAGGCUGUCACCAGCAAGCUGAGGGGGGAAUACGAUGGGAAGCUGGGAGAUAUGAAGUUCUGCCCCAUCCACAUGCUUUCUGUAAGAAUCAUACAAGCUAAGAACAUCAAAUCAAGAGACCUGUGGACAGUUCCGCUUUCCUGCCAAAACCUUGUGGGGCAAUGUUAUUCACUCCUUGAUACCAGUCUGAAGUAUUUAGGCAUCUCGGGAUGCAGUACACAUCAUCAGCCAAGUCCAGACUCCAGCUCUGAAAGACAUCACCUUGGAGAUUUCCUUUCACACCGUUGUCAAGCUUCACAAAUGACUGCAUCAGACUGCUACGUGCGCUUGUGGCUGCCGUCUGCUUCAAAUCGAAAGCUUCAGACCAAAACCAUCAAGAAUUCUGACAAUCCUGUCUGGAACGAGACUUUCUACUUUAGGAUCCAGAGAGAAGUUGAGAACAUCUUAGAAUUGGCAGUGUGUGAUGAAGAUCCACUCACCAAAGAUGACAUGCAGUUCACAGUUCUUUUUAAUGUUGCUAGAAUCAGACCAGGGGAGACAGUCCGUGAGACAUUUGCUUUGAAAUCAGAGACAGAGACAUGUACUAAGAAAUGGGAAAGUUUGGAAGUGGAAUUCUGGAUGGAAAGAAUUCCUGGCCCUCCAGAGCACCUAAUUACCAAUGAUGUCCUAGUGUCCCGUGAUGUUUGCUGCUUGGAAGUGCAAGUGGACAUUAAUGAAAGCAGGAAAUAUUUGAAAGAGGGUAAAAAUCUCGUGCUUACAAUACGUGAAUCUCAUGAGGGAACACAGAAAACUACAGAGGAUACAGAUACUUUCUACUUUCAUUGUGUGAAGGCUUGGGAGCCAGUUCUAAAAGUCAGGCUGCAGAAAGUUUCUGAUAAGGAAAAUGAGGAUAGCAAUUUAAGCGACACCUUAACAGUACCACUGAAAUUUCUCCCUGUUGGAUAUAAAGUGAAAAUAACCCUCCCUGUAAGAAAUAAUGUGCCACUGUAUUUGUACCUCCAACUUAACGAUUGCACAGAAAAACUAGAUGUGCGCUUAGGCUAUGAUUUGUGCCGAGAAGAGCAAGAAUUCUUGCUAAAAAGAAAAAGAGUGGUUGCCAGUGCCCUGAAAAGGGUCCUUCAUCUGGAAAGAGAUCUACAUGGACAUGAGGUCCCAGUAAUAGCUGUUAUGGCAACAGGCGGAGGCCUCAGAGCAAUGUCAGCUAUGUUUGGCCACCUCUUAGCUCUCCAGAAGCUAAAUCUGUUGGACUGUGUUACCUACGUCACUGGGGCUUCUGGCUCGACAUGGACCCUAGCAGACCUGUAUGAACAUGCUGACUGGUCACAGAAGUCUCUAGAGGGACCACUUAAGGCAGUAAAAGAACAAGUGACAAAAUGCAAGCUCAACCUUAUGUCUAUAGAGCAUCUGAAGUAUUAUCACAAGGAACUUGCUGAAAGAGCAAAAGCAGGACAUGUGUCAUCUUUCACAACUCUGUGGUCCCUUGCUCAGGAAAUGUUCUUACAUGAACGGCCAAGAAAGUACAAACUCACAGACCAGCGCAAGGCAUUGGAGCAUGGACAAAACCCAUUGCCUUUCUAUUCAGUCCUCAAUGUGAAAGAGGAAAAGUUCAGUACAUUCAGAUUUAGAGAGUGGGCAGAGUUUUCUCCUUAUGAGGUGGCCAUACCAAAAUAUGGAGCCUCCAUUCCUUCAGAAUACUUUGACAGUGAAUUCUUCAUGGGAAGGCGAGUGAAGAAGCUGCCAGAAUCUCGGAUCUGCUAUCUGGAAGGUCUUUGGACAAACAUCUUUACUAGGAAUUUGCUGGAUGGCUUGUACUGGUCCUCAAAUUCAAAUGAAUUCUGGGAAAGAUGGGCCAAAGAUAUGGUAGAUACAGAAAAACAUUCCCCUGAGGAAGACAUCACUGUCAUCGAGCCUCCUUCUUGUUUGUCAGGGAAGCUGUAUGAGAUGUUUCAGGACAUUAUGACCAAGCGUCCACUUCUGGGGAAGUCUCAUAACUUCCUGAGAGGCUUAGAAUUUCAUAAGGAUUAUAUCCACCAGAAAAAGUUUAUUGAAUGGAAAGACUCUGUGCUGGAUGCUUUCCCUAACAACCUGACACCGCUGCAGAAAUACCUUUGCCUGAUAGAUGUUGGCUAUUUCAUCAACACCAGUGGUGCAGCACUUUUUAAGCCAGAGAGGAAUGUAGAUGUCAUUAUCUCACUUGAUUAUGGCUUGGGGAAUGUGUUCAAGCAAUUAGAGAUGACAUACAAAUAUUGCAAGAUACAAAAAAUCCCAUUCCCCAAAGUGGAGAUAAGUAAAGAAGAAGAGAUGAACCCAAAGGAAUGUUACGUGUUUUCGGAUGCAGAGGACCCCAGAGCACCCAUAGUAAUCCAUUUCCCCCUGGUGAAUGACACCUUUAAGGAAUUCAAGGAGCCUGGGGUAAAGCGCUCUCUCUCAGAGAUGGAAGAAGGCAAAGUGAAUCUGGAGAACAACUGCUCACCCUAUUACCUCAUUAGGCUAAUCUACUCCUCUGAAAACUUUGACAAGCUUGUGAACCUGAGCACAUACAACAUCCUCAAUAAUAAAGACCUGCUCCUCCAGACAAUCCGGAGUGCCGUAGAACGGAGGAGAAGCAGCAGGACUUGGAAUCUGCCUAGCCACUCUAGAGCUGGAUACCGUUAAGCUGGGUUUUUGCACUGUUCCCUACUGAAAGCUAUAACAGUCACAUUACGACACAUCACAGUCACAUUAUAACAUCACAGUCACAUUACAAAACAUCACAGUGUUCAUUAUUUGCAAGAAACUGAGGAAACAUGUACAUUUCUCAUCUUGCCUUGUUCAAGUUCCUGGCUUUCAAAAGGGUUUAUUUAGUCUCUUUCCCCCAAGCUUUCAGACCACAAAAGCUUCACACUGUGGUCUUACUUGUUAAGAAUUAGGGUCCUGGUUAGCAGAGGCCUUCCAGGAUCUCCCUGAUGUUAUAGAAUAUGGUGGUGGUGAUAGUGAUAGUUCUUCAUAUGAGCCUGUCACCUCAAUCCUGAGCCUACUGUCAGUGUCUUUUCAAUGCUUGGUUACAAAGCAAGUCCUGGCCAUUUGCAUUCAGUGAUGUCCAGAUUUUCAGGCAGGCUGAGCAACUAGAAUUUGCACUGAAUUUGUGGGCUUAGCUUUGAAGUCAGGCCAAAGAGAGUCAUAUGUAUCUGUGAACAAAAGCCAAAUUGCAACGUGGGCAAUUGCAUUCUGUCUGGCCGAUUCCCUUUGCCAAUUUAGAAAUUAUUCCUUUUUUCCAUUCCCCUGCAAGAGCUUGGCACAGAAACGCUGCUCCAGACUGCCAUGAGGGGGGCAGUUACAUUUCAAGGAGAGAGGACAUUAGCUGCAGAGAGUGUGUAUGGUUCUUUUGAGCGUUAGCUGGAGGGAAAAUUCUGCACAAGGCAUGAGUGAUUAUAUUGAUUUAUAUGCAUUAAAAUGUCAAAAGCCUGAAGCAAGCUUUUGAUACCAGAAAUUCAAGGGGAAUAAUUACCAUAGACUCAAGUACAGUUAAUUUAAUAAGAAAUAAGCUAGUGCUCCUUAUGUAUGUAAACUGAAUGUAGGAUAACAUAACUCACAGAGUGCAUAGCCAUUGUAUCUUCACACCCAGAAGAUUUUUUCCCUUUACAGUCUUCUAUCCAUAACAUCAUAGGCAAGGUAUUUUUAAUAGGUGCUACACUAAAAUAGAGCACAAAUCAGAAAACGGAAAUUCUUUAUCACACCUUCUUGCUGGAGGAAAAUGUUUGGAAAAAUGAUGCCUGGUUUUCAUUUGCUUUGGAGUGCAAUGAGAGACUUUGCAUUAAACUAGGAGCCUGGAACAUCUUAACAGCCCUCCAGAAUCUGAAAGGAAAGGAUGCUGAGCAGCAUGAAACAGAGCUCCAUAGAAGUCAGAGAAGUUUCCAGACUUCCUAGCACUUAAGGAUUUGGACCUGCUUCUUGCUUAUUUAAUCCAAACACAGCAUAUUCUUUGGGAUCUCCAAGGAAAAUCUUAUACAUUUCUUCUCUGUUGGAAAUUUACUUGAUAUCUAGAAUUGAUUUUACUUGAAAACCAAAAAUAGACAAAGAAAGAGAAAUGGGGCUCUGCCUUUUUGGUAUAUGCAGACAGUAUUCAAACUCAGAGGGAGAGCAUUUACAAAAGGCUUCAUUGCCUGAACCCUGUAUCUACUAAAUGCUGCUUCUCCUGCAAGCAAUGUCAAUGAAUAUGCCUCAGCAAUAUUCCUUGUACAAUGCUUAUUUACUGAGCUAAGGAGUACUAUGCAAAACCUGAGGCGUCUUAACAGCUGGAAUGCAACUGUACAACUGAAUUCAGGCCAUAAGAAGAUAAGAACUAAUUGGAUACUGUCUGCAACAAAAAAUAGCCAUUUUGAGUUGAAAGAUGAGAUGGCAGUAGGCAGCUACCUCAGAAGAGAGAAUCCUACCAGCAGGGUCUGUUACCUUCCCAUAGCAGAGCAGCACAUCCUGACACAGUAUCCUGUGGUGCAGGUGUAUGUACAUACAAGCACCUGUGGCUGUGUGCACGCAUAUACACAGGGUGUGCACUGUCUUCAUGCUCAUCUAGCUGGUCCUAGAAAGAAACCUCUUCUUGCAAUCUGCUUGCACAGAACAAAACCUGAUUCCAGCAUGGCUGUGGAAGGGCUGCGUGCUUCCAUGUCCUGUGCCCUGGUGCAUCCUGAUUCGCUCAGGCUCCAGCACUUGGCCUCACAGCCAAUUGGUGCUUGACCCCUGCUCACUUUGGCCAGGAGGAGAAAAGGAUGGACAAGGAAUGAGUUAUACCAUUGUGCUGGCUGUCUGCAUGCCCUCACUGUGAUGGUGCGCUUGGGGUGUCAAAUUAUUGCUUGCAUCUUCCAUCAUCAUGGUACUACACAGAAGAUGCAGAGGGCUGAACAGCUUGUGUGGAGUCCCAACAAUAGCAGCUUUUCUGCUGCAGUGGUUAAAAAACUCAGUUCAGAGACACUGGCAUUCUCCACAACAGACUGCUAUUUCUUUUGACGCUAAACCAGUACCUAGCUAGGAACAAGAAGACCACCAAUGGUGUUAUGUGAUUGCCUUUCAUUUAUGCAUCAUUCAUAUUGUAAAUAGGAACACUGUUUUACCUCAUCUACCUAUUUUUUAUGCUCUGCUGCUGCAAAAAGAUAUCCCUGUUUGUUCACUGGCUACAGUGAAUGAUUCAUAGCCCUCCUGAUCCUUGGCAGCACAUGCCCAGAAACAAGGCAGCUCAGCUAUGCUGAGGCAAUUGUGUCUCUCUAAAUGCUCCACAGACUGAUAACUGGGGCGUGUUUGGUGCAUUCAUAAAGCUGCUAAUGCAAACAGAAAUGCCCACUAAAAUGUGAAAGAGCCAAAAACCCCACAGGGUUCUCAGGUAAUCCCCAGUCAGCGGAGAAUAACUUUUCUAAGGGACUGUUAAACCCUGUUGUAGAGUGAAGGAGGUAGCUGUGGGUAGGGAAGGAGGCAGGACGGUGGUGUGAUUUUCCCUCUGCCAGGAAAACUGUUACCUAAGGUUGUGCCAAUACUUAAAGUAGGGUCAGGGACCGCUGUUUAAUCGUGCAGCCCAGAGGCACAGACAACCGUGUGCCCCUUGAUCUCCUUGGGGCCCCAUGUGGUGCCCCUGUAGCCUUAAACAAUAAUGGUUUUUAAAAAUAUAUUUUUGCAUUUCAGAGCCUGAAAUGAUGUGAGGGCUGUAUCAUUGCCCUUCAUGGUGGUAUUUGGUUGGUUGGUUGUUUUGGUUGGCUUUGUAGCAUGACAUUGAAGGAGCACGUUGCUGGCCCACAUGGAGGGACCCACAUCUGGCAGUCUUAUCCAUGCAGCUUGGCUGGCAUGUGCUUCCCCCUGGAGCACACCUAGGCUCUGGGUUGGAGCAUGCUAAUUUGCACAGCAUGAAACCCACAGAACUACAGAGCAGAGCUGCAGUGAUGUACAGCUGAUCAGUAACCUACACUCAGGUUUCCUUUAAGGUAUACAUGGAGUUUAAGGGAAUGUAAAUGUGUUUGCUGUCCAAAGGUUUUAUGAUUGUUCCUUGUCCCUGUCUUGCCUGGCUUGUGCCACAUGCUGUUGAAUAGCUGAGUGGAGUGCAUGAAAACCAAAGCAGGCACUGUGAGGAGAAAGCUGUCUCUCUGCCUCUCACCGUACAAAGAUGUGUGUGAAAAGGCACAUGGCAUGCUUAGAAACUGUGCCUUGCUAUUCUGGUGUUAUGUUUGCUUAACCACUGGAGAUGAAUGCAUGCAUGCGAAAUCCUCAUCUGAAAUGCACCCCAGAUCACUGCUCUCAGAUGAACAUCUUGCUGGAAGCACCCCCCCCCCAAAAAAAAAGACCCAACAGAGCUUGCUAUCUGCUGCCAAACACGAAGGAAACAGAAGUUUGUUCUUGUAACUGUUAGCUACUCUUUAUAGAAAUUGUUUGUUUGUGUCUUUGAACCAUUUAAUAAUAUAUUAAUCAAAAAUAAAAUCUUGCAAAGGAGCACCAGACCCAUGAAAGUCUUUAUGCACUUGAACACAAGACUACAUCUUUGCCAGUUAUAAUAGCACUAUUUGUGCUAGAUGUCUGCUGAGCACUUUGUAGGGCAUUGGCUGGUUUCAAGAUUGGGUGCAAAAAUCAAAAAGAAGAUGUUCUGGUUUACAAAUGCAUUGAGAGCCUGGGAAUAAGAAGUGUGGAACAAACUCUACCUCCUGCAGUAAAACCCUUUUCAGUGGUGUGGCACGAGAGAGGGCAGGAUGGCAGCUGUACUCAGCCAUAGCCAAGGCACAGCUUUAUUUUGC